AUGGUCGACGCAGUCUACUUCUACCCCCCAAUCCACCAAGCCUACUUCUUCAGCGGCCUCCGCUACGCCCGCAUCAAAUUCACCCCGGGAACCAGCCACGAAGAAAUAACCUACGGCCCUCGCCGUAUCGUCGAGCACUGGCCAUCACUAGCCUCAAUCGGCUUUGGCAGAAUCUCUGCCGUCCUCCCCAUCGACGGCAAGCCCGAGGAGGCCUACUUUUUCUCCGGCGCCCGCGUCGCACACAUCAAGUUCGACUACGAGUCCUACACCGACAGCGUGCUCGGCGGUCCGUGGACGAUCGCCGACAAAUUCAAGAGUCUGCGCACGCCUGAGUUCGGUACGAUUGACGCCGCGAUCCCGGUCCCCGGUCACCCCGGCCAGGCCUAUUUCUUCGCGGGUACGAACUAUGCUCGCGUUGAUAUCGUGGGAGACACUGCGGUUGUUGCUUCGAGGGAGAUUACCAGCCACUGGCCUGGUCUGAACAAGGCUGGGUUUGACUCGGUUGAUGCGGCGUUUCCCCAGCCCGGAAGCGAAGAUGGGGUCGCGUAUUUCUUUAAGGGCGAUAAGUAUGUGAAGAUUAAGGUCGUCGCUGGUGAGCCCGAUGAGAUCACUGGAAGACGCUUGAGUGGAUCUAGUGCAGGUGCAUAA